CAGUUACUGUACCAAUGGACGCCUGACUUGCUUUCUUCCAAACUGACGAAACGUUUCCAGUGUGGGGUCAUAACAUUAAAACUGGAUUGUAUUACAGUCUCGAUCGUCUAGCCCUAUAUAGCUAUCAAGUAAGAUGGAGGAAAAUAAUCGGCCUGCAGUUCCAAACUCGAUUCGCAGUUACAUACUUGCAGUUACACUUGCUACUUUUCUGGUUUAUUUCAUUUACCGACGAGGGCAGGGUAGAAAAUUCCACUACCCACCGGGCCCGACAGGAUUACCUCUCUUCGGGAGUUUCUUCAGCUUGAUUUUCACAAAGAAGCAACAACAUGAGGUGGUGAAUGACUGGACCAACAAGUAUGGGGACGUGAUUUCCUUCAAGCUAUUAAACAUCCGGGUAUAUGUGUUGAACAAUGUUCAGAUGUCACAUGAUGUAAUGGGUAGUGUGAACAUGAUGGGCAGAAUGCCUGUCCCCAUCAUCAAGACUCUUACGGGAAGAGAGAAUGCAGGUGUUGCAUUGUCUAAUGGUGAUGUGUGGAAGGAGCAACGUCGCUUCUUUCUUUCCGUCUUCAAAAGAGCUGAUGCCAAGGGUAUCAGAUUUGAGGAAAUCGUCGGAGCACAGGCAGAGCGUAUGUUGACCGAAAUAGAAAAUACCCAAAGUGCUCGUUUUGAUCCACAGCCAAUAAUAUAUACCUCCAUCGGCAACAUCAUCACAAAAAUCGUGACUGGUAUCACUUACGAUUACGACGAUGACGAUUUUCAUCGCUUUAUGACACACUCCAAUCGUGUUUUGGACCUGAUGGGACCAGCUGGAAUACUAGCUUCGGUACCGAUACUCGCUGUCCUCCCGUCACCUGCAAAACGUCAACUAACGAAGGAAUGGGAUGCGAUGUACGACUUCAUCAAGAAAAGUAUUGCGAGCCACAAGUCAGAGUUUAACCCCAACCAAGAGGCAGCUGAUUAUAUUGAGAGCUAUCUGCACGAAAUAGCAAAAAGAACGACAGAGAAUAACAAAGGCUCCUUUGAUGAAAUCAAUCUCUUGGCAUGCUCAUUUGAUUUGAUUGUUGCUGGAUUGGAGACAUCAGCCACCUCUAUCUCCUGGAGCCUCCACACCCUGGCAUGCUAUCCCGAAGCACAACAUCGAGUCCGUCAAGAGAUCUUUGACGUCAUCGGCCAGGAACGUGAUCCGCGUUUCUCCGAUCGUCACCGGAUGCCUAUAGCCAUGGCAACCAUCGCAGAAUGUAUGCGUUUGCGACCAGCUAUCGAUCUCCAUAUUGCCCGCGUCGCCGAACAAGAUUGUCAGGUUGGCGAGUACGACAUUCCAAAGGGGAGUGUGGUCACGACAAACAUGUCCCAUCUAUUCCUCAGUCCCUCUCUCUGGGAGGAGCCACUGGAGUUUAGACCAGACAGAUUCCUGACUGAGGAUGGGCAGUUUGAUAGGAAACGUGAACCAAUCUUUUUUGGAACAGGUCGAAGGGUAUGUCCUGGAGAGCAGUUGGCAAGGACCGAGAUUUUUCUCUUCAUCACCUCCAUCUUGCAGCGUUUCACCCUCAGUCUGGCUGAAGGCGUUCCAAAAGAUCUACCGUGCUACCAUAGUAUUACCAAUCGACCGGAUCCUUACCAGAUACACGCUGAAAAAAUCGUGUAGCUCUUACAGUCACGUUCCCCAACUUUGAAUAUCUACAUCGCAAGGAAAGGCGACUGUCCGCGAUAGUGUCACGUGUAUUGCGCCUUUGGAACAACCAAAAUAUCUAAGGGCAAGUCCGAGCUAAUUUGUAAAAUACGUUACCGAGCACAUCUAAAAUAUAAAUAUACCUGAUAACUGUUUCAAACUGAUAGCCCAACUACAGCUUCAAUCAUA